AUGGCAACCGAAAGAGACACGUCAACAAUCUGCCUGUUCGAUGUCGACGGAACAUUAACGGCCCCUAGACAAAAGAUAACAAGUAGAGUGGAGGAGUGCCUACAAAGAUUAAAUAAGAAGAUUGUUGUUGGGUUGGUGGGGGGUUCUGACCUAGCAAAGAUAGCUGAACAGAUGUUUGUCGAUGUUAUACAUAGAUAUGACUACGUCUUCUCUGAAAAUGGCCUGGUUGCCCAUAAGCACGGAAAACUGAUCAGCAAAGAAAGUAUAGUUUCGUAUAUGGGUGAAGAGAAGCUUCAGGAGUUCAUCAAUUUUGCCUUGGAAUCUUUAUCUAAAAUAAGGCUGCCUUGUAAAAGAGGAAGCUUUAUAGAAUUUAGGUCAGGCCUGAUAAACGUCAGUCCCGUUCAUCAUGUCAGGAGAGAUCUAGUGAAGUUGUUUCAGCAAAGGUUUCCAGAUUCUGGUCUAACUUUCUCAAUUGGUGGGCAAAUUAGCAUUGAUGUCUUUCCAGUAGGCUGGGACAAAAGGUACUGUCUAAAGCACAUUGAGAAAGAAGCAUUUAAUACUAUUUAUUUCUUUGGUGACAAGACGAAGCCAGGCGAGAAUGAUUAUGAGAUAUAUGCUGAUGAGCGGACCAAGAGUUUUUCAGUGGUAUCCCCAGAGGAUACAGUAUCCCAACUUAAUAAAUUAUUUGACGUAUAA